GAUGAAUGGGUAUCAGAAGGUGUGAUGUCAACAAAACGUUUCACAAUUUCUUUUCCUCUCGCUUUUGGAUAAAAAAACGCGCUAUAAAUUACUCAAAGGUGUGCCAAAGGGAUAUCCGAGAAGCAUUCUAUAGUACACAGGAGAAGGAUGUCUGUUCAACACGCAGGGAAUGAAGAUUCAGUUGUCCCGGAAAUGGGCGAGCCAGUAACUAAGAAGCGCAAGAUAGACGUCCAGGAGGACGAAGAGGAUGAAGACACUCCUUCAGUGUUCAAUCCGCGGAAGAAACUCUGUCCAUAUCUGGACACCAUAAACCGGCAACUCUUGGAUUUUGACUUUGAAAAGCUCUGCUCCGUUUCGCUGACCAGGAUCAAUGUCUAUGCGUGUCUGGUGUGUGGGAAAUAUUUCCAGGGAAGGGGAACGAACACCCACGCCUACACUCAUUCAGUGGCUGAGGCUCACCAUGUGUUCCUGAACCUGCACACGCUGAGAUUCUACUGCCUUCCGGACAAUUACGAGAUCAUCGAUACAUCGCUGGAUGACAUCAAGUACGUCCUAAACCCCACGUUCACCGUGCAGGACAUCCGACUGCUGGACAGGGGGAAUAUGAAGUUCUCCCGGACUGUGGAUGGCACGCUGUAUCUUCCGGGAGUUGUCGGAUUGAACAAUAUCAAGAGGAAUGAUUACUGCAACGUUGUCCUGCAAGCCCUGGCUCAUGUGGCUCCGCUGAGGGAUUACUUUCUGAGUGAAAGGAACUAUGCGAAGAUCAAGAGGCCGCCUGGAGAUUCAAUUUUCACACUCGUUCAGAGAUUUGGUGAGCUCAUGAGGAAGAUGUGGAAUCCGCGGAACUUCAAAGCGCAUGUCUCUCCGCAUGAGAUGCUGCAGGCGGUGGUUCUGUGGAGCAACAAGCAGUUCCAGAUCACAGAGCAAGGAGAUCCCAUUGACUUUCUCUCGUGGUUUCUCCACACACUUCACAAGGCGAUGAAGGGCACGAAGAAGCCCGACUCCUCGAUCAUCUACAAGUCUUUCCUGGGUGAGAUGAAGAUCUACACGCGAAAGAUCCCACCCACGGAGCUCGAUGACACCCAGAAAGCCCUGCUGAUGGCCACCGAUGAGUACCAGGAGAAAGUGGAGGACUCAAACUUCCUCUAUCUCACCUGCGAUUUGCCUCCACCGCCGCUCUUCAUCGACGAGUUCCGCGAGAACAUCAUCCCGCAGGUGAAUCUCUACCAACUCCUCUCAAAAUUCAACGGUGUCUCUGAGAAGGAGUACAAAACGUACAAGGACAACUUCAUGAAGCGCUUCGAGAUCACGAAACUGCCGCCCUUCAUAAUUCUCUACAUCAAGCGCUUCACGAAGAACACGUUUUUCCUGGAGAAGAACCCAACUAUCGUCAAUUUCCCGAUAAAAAACGUGGACUUCGGGGACAUUCUCACGACAAAGUACAGGAACAUCAUCAAGCGGACCAAGUACAGCCUCAUCGCUAACAUUGUGCACGACGGGGAGCCGGGAAAAGGCACGUACAGGUCGCAUAUCUUCCACAAGGGCAGCAAUACGUGGUACGAAAUGCAGGAUCUCCACGUGAUUGACACCCUGCCGCAGAUGAUCACGCUCACUGAGAGCUACAUUCAGAUUUAUGAGCUGCAGGACGAUUGAGAAAGGAAUAAAUGGAUGUGGCGCUUUUCGCUGAAUAACAAUAAGUGUGAAUUUUCUUUGGCUGAAAUUGAAAUGUCGCAACUCAAAAGCUCGCUUUAUUAAUUUGAUGUCACAGAAAAUACAAUAGACUUUUAUGCCGUGGGAAACCAAUAAUUUUGGUGAAGCAGCAAAAAAGUCUCCUCCGUUCUAAAUAUAGAAAUGAAGGAAUUUAGAAUGAAGAAAAACAUGUUUUACUCCAAGUGGAAGUGGAUUUUCGCCAUGGCAAAAAGGACAAUUUUUGUGAUAAAGCUGCGCUUGCAACACGAUAUAAUUAUAUACAUAUUUCGCCGAUCUGUCUUGCAGUGCACAUUCUCUGAUGUAAUAGAAAUAUUUUCUGUAAUGUUCUCAGGCGUUUGAUAUGACAUGAAAAACAAGCAAACAAACAAACAAACCACUAAAUCAUCAACAGCCAGAUGCUGAGGUGAUAAGUGUAUAAAAACGGCGAUGCGCAUUCUCCUCUCCUCGCCAUCAGUCUAGGUGUGUGCCUUCAGAAGGAGAUUCGCACUGAAAAGCCACUCAGCAGUUCAUCCAUUCACUCUUCAGCGGCACGAGAGAUGAUGAGGCAGACCUCAACUCGGGACGUCGUCGCG